GUUCGCAUGUGUUUCCGGCAGUAAAACUUCCGCUCGGUUUUCUAUUCGAUUUCCGUUACUGCUGUUGGGCGCAGAACUGUAGGCAACACUUUUUGCAGUGCCGUCGGAAAAGCUAAUUUUUCGUAUUGAAAACUGUGUUCGUGCAAAUAAUAGUGAAAGUCCUGAAAACUCAUUAACUCACGCUUGGAUUAACUUUUGAGUUCAUUACAUCUGCAAUUGAAAUCAAUGUUAUUGGAACUCCAUUGAUUUAUAAGAGCGACCGAGAAUCCCAGAGGCCAGCGGCAGAAGGAGGACGACAACUCGGAGACAGUGGCAAAUACCUAAGCAUGCUGCAGAAUCCUUCCAAAUAUCACGCAAAUCCCUUGUCGCACUUCCUGGCAUUGCAUAACACACAAGCCAGUGGCGGCGGCGGCGGCGGGGGAUCGUCGGUCGCCGGACUUGGAGGCUUGGGUGGGGGCAUCCAUGCACAUGGUCAACCGCAUCAUGCGGCGCUGGCAGCGGCUGCAGCAGCGGCGGUCGCCGUCUCGGCGGGUCAGAGUUCAUACCAAAUGGAGCACCAGCAGCAGCAGCAUCAUCAGUUGCAGCAGCAGCAGCAACAUCAUCAUCAGCAGCUGCACACCCACCACCAGGAUGGCCACCACCCACACCCACCGACACCCACCACCGGCAACAACAACAGCAGUAGCAGCAGCAACAGCAGCAGCCACAACAGCAGCAGCCACAACAGCAACAGCAACCACCGGGAACAGUUGGCGGCGGCGGCAGCCACUGCGACGUCGCACGCGCAGCUCAUCGAGGCGGCAGCGGCGCAUUCCUCCCUCGACGUGGGCAAGUCCUUCACCAUCGCCGCCAUUUUGGGCCUGCAGAGCCAGCGCAAGGACUACAACAAUGCCAUCAAUCUCUCCCUGCACGACAACAACAACAUCAUCGGCGACGACAACAACAAGUGCUACACGAGCAACGCCAACAACAAUAACAACAACGGCAGCAGCAACAGUGGCAACAACAACAGCAGCCAGAGUGUAAACAACUUCAAUUGUGAUAGUGUCGCCGGCAAUGGACGUUACCUGCACGGCGGACACCAGCAUCCACAUCCGCACCAGGCGGGAUUUGCAGCGGUUGCCGCCGCCGUCGGAGCAGCUCCCUCCGCCCUGCAGAGCCUGCAGCAGCUCCACCAGCAACACCACGCCCAGCAGCAGGCCACCCUGAGCUUUCAGCGGGAGAAACUCAAGUCGGAUUCCCACAAGAAGAGCGCACUGAAGAACAAGCGCGUACGGACCAUCUUCACGCCGGAACAAUUGGAGUGCCUGGAGGCGGAGUUCGAGCGCCAGCAGUACAUGGUCGGCCCGGAGCGGCUCUACUUGGCACACACCCUAAAGUUGACGGAGGCUCAGGUGAAGGUUUGGUUCCAGAACAGGCGGAUAAAGUGGCGCAAGCACCACUUGGAACUGACACAACAGCGGCUGGCAUUGAUAAGGCAAACUCAACUGCCAGGUACGUCGAUAUUGGGCAAUCAAGUAACCGUGUCGGCCAAUGCGGCCCAUUCUGCGUCCACGGAACGCACAAACGGAUGCAGUGCAGCUUCGCCCAGCCUGCAGGAGGAGGACAACGAGGACAGCAAGCACUCGCUGUCGCUUUCGGGCGCACUACCGCCGUUGAGUCGAGCGCAGUCCGAGUCGGAUUUGUCCAUCUGCAACGAUUCCCUGGACGGCGACAGCCUCAUGGACGGCAGCGAGGAGGCCUAAAAACCACGCCAGUGCAAAGCAAGUUUCCUGUAAAUAUAGUCAAAUAAAUAUGUACAA